UGUGUGAAUUCAGACUAGACACCCUCUAGGCCCGCCAGAUGUGGGGAAACUUCUACUGUAAAAAGUUAUGAUUGAAAGUAGAUGAUAAAAUACUAUCCACCAAGAGGUGAUAGCUUGAGUAACACCCUGGCGUAUACAGCACGGCACAAGGUAGGGUUGACAUGCACCUUUGAUGUUAAAGUAAACAUGAAGUGUAGUCAGUCGUCUGGCAGUUUUAAGUGUAGACUACUCUAAACUUUUGUAAUAUUUCGUGGCGUGGGGAGGCUGUGUGGAAGUUUAUGUUACUCAAAGCACACAUUUCUAGAUCCGGGACACGAGUCAAGAUUGGUGUUGAAUGACUUCGGUCUUUUCAACACGCGGUGUCAGCGGGACCAAAUUCUUAGAAAAUCAUUACUGCAGGCCCACGAGGAAACAGUGCAACGCGGGUCAGUUUAGAAAGAUAACAGAGGUAAACAAAUGACAGAAUGGUCCGAAGGACGAAAUACAGUAUGUCAACAAGUUAGUUUGGCCAAUGCGAGUCCAAAUAUUUAUGAGAGUCGCGGUUGCGGUCAGUUGAGUGAAGUGUUUCAAGAAUGGAACAAGAAAAACCAGUACCAUCGCUGCCGAUAACAGGAAAUCAUUAUACAAUGGGAACUCAGCGGAACGGAAUCAAACAAGAAAGUUAUAUUGUGUCGGUGGAUGUGGGGACAACGUCGAUAAAAUGUCACGUCUUCGACAAGAAGGCCCAGAUCAAGGGUUCCUGUACCUCGAAGGUGAUUCUGUUGUACCCGGAGGAAGGCCAAGUGGAGAUAGACCCAGAGGGCCUGUGGAGGGAGUUCGUCUCCGUGGUUAAAGGCGCCGUUCAAGAUGCAGGGGUUCAGAUGCGUCAGGUGAAGGGUCUGGGUAUCUCCACACAGAGGAGCACCUUUACCACCUGGGACAGGAACACAGGUCGUACGUUCCAUAACUUCAUCACCUGGCAGGAUCUGAGGGCGACAGACCUGGUCCGGUCAUGGAACACCUCUUGCACCAUGAAGGUCAUCCAUGGGGUGACGAAGCUCCUGUACUUCCUGUCCAGACGUAAGCACUUCCUGGCAACCAGUCUGGUGGUCUUCUCAACACAGCACGUCACCUUCAGACUGGCCUGGGCCCUCACACACUACCCAGAGUUGAGUUGUGCAGUAUCCGAAGGGACAUGUUGUUUUGGCACCAUAGACACCUGGCUGCUGUACAAACUCACUAAAGGACUGGUCCAUGCUACAGACUACUCCAACGCCAGCGCCACUGGGAUUUUUGACUCAUACCAGAUGUGUUGGAGUAGCCUUCUGUGUUCUCUCGUCUCCCUGCCUCUCUCCAUCCUCCCUGACAUCCUUGACACUGGGUACAACUAUGGAAGCACAGAUCCCUCCAUCUUUGGUGUGCCCAUCCCCAUAAUGUCUCUGAUGGCAGACCAGCAGGCAGCCAUGUUUGGGGAGUGCUGCUUUGACGUUGGCGACGUGAAGAUCACCAUGGGAACAGGCACCUUCAUGAACAUCAACACUGGGAACAAACCACACACUUCCAUGUCAGGCCUGUACCCCGUGGUGGGCUGGAAGCUGGGUCCUGAGGUGGUUUACCUGGCGGAGGGGAACGCUGCCGACACCGGCACUGCUAUCAGAUGGGCCCAGGAGCUGGAGCUGUUUUCAGACGUGCGUGAAACGGAGCUCAUGGCCGGCAGUGUGGACGACUCUGACGGGGUCUGCUUUGUCCCCUCCUUCAGCGGCCUGCAGGCUCCUCUGAAUGACCCCCAGGCCUGUGCCUCCUUCAUGGGUCUGAAACCCUCCACCACCAAGCAACACCUGGUCCGAGCCAUCCUGGAGUCUGUCGCCUUCAGGAGUAAGCAGUUGUAUGAGGUGAUGCUGAGAGAGACUAACAUUCCUAUCAACAAGAUCAGGGCUGAUGGGGGCGUGUGCACCAACAACUUUGUGAUGCAGCUGAUUGCAGACGUGUUCGGCAGGCAGGUGACCAGACCAGCUCAUCACGACAUGUCCUGUCUGGGGGCAGCGUUCGUGGCAGGGCUGGGGAUGGGGUUCUGGAGCGGUAAGGAGGAGCUGAAGAAGUUGCAGACCACGGAGCGCGAGUUCCUGCCCCAGAGAGGAGGGGGGGCGGGGGGGGGCUACCUGCCUGGGCUGCGGCGCUGGGAGAGGGCACUCCAGCGCUCCAUGAACUGGUACAGCAAGGAGUGA